AUGAAGUUGGACGAAGAGGCGAAAAGGUCUAAAGUAACGUUUAAAAUCACGCUGACGUCGGACCCCCGGCUCCCCUUCAAAGUCUUGAGUGUCCCAGAGAGCACGCCAUUCACUGCGGUGUUGAAGUUUGCCGCUGAGGAAUUCAAAGUGCCAUCUGCCACCAGCGCCAUCAUCACUAAUGACGGAAUUGGAAUCAAUCCUGCGCAGACAGCAGGCAACGUGUUCCUGAAGCAUGGUUCGGAGCUGCGCAUCAUUCCCAGAGACAGAGUAGGAGGACAAGGAGACGGACGCUGCUAG